UCAAUUCAGUUCGGCACGGAGUAGCCUUCGCCAUUUUACGCCGAAUUUCUCGCUGCGCAUGUUUAAUCGUACCGCCGCUUGUGCAAAGUGUUGCGUUUUCAGUUCAGCUUGCAAUAUCGUACCUUCAACCAUGCCUCCACUCAAGAAACACAAAGCACACCAGCUGCCAUCCGACUUCGAGCCGCUUAUGGCACGGUUAGGGAUAGAGUCAGCGCAGGGCGGCGCGCACCAUCCGGCAGCGUUUACUCUCUUCGGGCGAAACAUCACCUUCGAGGCGAUGGAACGGAACCAAUCGCUCUACUAUCUGCUUCGGAGCUGGUUUCGGGAUGGUAGGAGUGGACGUGCGGCCACCCGCGGUCCGCUGCUCGGUAUGAACGGUGCCGCUGCCAGACCGUUCCGUCCGUCCACUACCAUGCGGCCGAAUUUGGAGAGUUCCUUGCCGCGAUCGAACAUGACGCCGUAUCCGGUCGUGGUAUCGUUCCAGCGCAUGGAAGCACCGUUGCCCCAGGAAAUUCUGAACGAUCGCAAUAAGCUGCUGGCGUACCAUAAAGUCCACUGGAGGCAGGUGCGCCUGGAUUGGACCCAUCACCGGAAGCUUUACCUGCAGAGGUUUGCGCCCAGUUUGGAGGCGAUGGAGACGUACCGCGUACAGCCGACGGACGAUUAGUGUGCCCGGUGCGAUACGGUUGUAGUUGAAUUCAAACUUUCCCUUUGGAGUUACUCAAUAAACGCAGAAACCGUUGCGUUGCGCCAUUAUGCUUCAACGCUCCUAA